CAGAAGGUUCUCUCAAAUUCAGUGAUGUUCAGUGGUAAACAGAUCAUAGACAUGGUUCUUUGUUGUAAUGUGGGCCAAACGUGCAGGACAGGUGUUGCUCAGGAUCACCUUGAUCUUCUCGGCUGCCUGAGAGAUUACCCGUUCACAUUUAAGCUCCAUAAUAUCACCAGGUUUUUGUGUGGGCCUCAUACAAUGUCCUCACAGGAGAUAAAAUAACAUGAGUUGGCUAUUAAAAUAAAAAACAGUGCUUCACCCAGGAGGCAGUAUACUGCUUUAAAAUACGGUAUUAAAAGAUACACAGGCACUGUUUUCAUUACUUGUGUUGUUUUUUGUCCAAUUCCAUCCUUGUCUUCCUACUUUUCACUCUUUUAGGUCAUGUGACCCCUAUCUUGCUUUCUGUUGGGCUCAUUUCAGUGUGAUCAAUGUGUGAUCAUGUGUGUACCUCUUUGCAGGUGCUGCUUCAUUUCAGCUGCUUGUAGGCUUUUGUGUGAGUGCACGUAUGUCAAAAAGGGCCCACACACACGCGCACACGCACACACGCACACACACGCACACAAAGACACACACACACACAACCCUCCAUCCUCUCGAUGUCUCUUUCCGUCUUUGCUCUGUAAUAAGAGCAGCUGUGGCCGCUCUGAUUCAAUUGCAGUGUAGGACUUACGGCUAUUAUCCCGUGUAGACCGAAGCAGGAGGGAGACUGGCUGCUGUGGCACAGCUGCUCCUGCAAUAACACGACUUGACUCAUAAAUUUAGGAAUCAUACAGACAAAACUGUUUUAAAUAUAUACUAAAAUACUGGGAAAAUGUUGUUUUUCCAUAUUCUGUAUAUACAGUAAUACUGUAUCACACAAAAGUGAGUACACCCUUCACAUUUCAGCAACCAUUUUAUAACAGUACUAUAGAAACGAUACUUGCUUUGCAGUACAGUCGUCCCUCACCACUUCACGGUUCGAAUUUCAUGGCUUCACUAUCACGUUUUUUCAAAAAUAUAUUAAUCUCAUGCUGUUUCGUGGUUGAAUAAGCCCUAUUAUAUAUUAGUCAGAACAUAUACAUAUCUAAGUUAAUGUUACAUACUUUCGAGCAUAAAAAUGGCUCAAAGAACAAAAAUACAAAUACAAGGCAUUCAAAAGAUGCAAAGAUGUUGACGUAGUAUUCUACACUGGCCACUGGGUGUCAGUAAUGUUACUGUAAUGUUCGGUGACACAAGCACCAGACUUCCCGAAUAAAAAUACCGGCGACUGUUGCGGCGUAACCCUCAAGCUCAAUUAUGAACCCCCGAUGUCACGUCCCGUCCGCCACUCUGCUCCCUUAGGGAAUACACAGCAACACACGAGCACGAGUCUUAUUUACAUCUUAAACGCCUUAUUUACUGUAAUUAUGUCUACAAUAUUGGGUAAUGCAAGUGUAAAUGUCACUAUAGGGGUGUUAGUUCAUGUCUAGAGGACUCUAAUGCUAAAAUCCACAUUUUGAAGGUGGUAAACAGGUUUUCUAUGCUCUCGUUUAUAAAUAAGGUACCCUAAUUCACAGAAAUUCACUUAUCAUGGUCGGGUCUGUAACCAAUUAACCGCAAUAAACGAGGGAUUACUGUAGUUAGUGAACAGCUUAUAUACAGUAUAGAUUUAAUAUGUUCUGAAAUUGACUCAAUACAGCCAUUAUUGUCUGUCAUCACGAGUGAGUUCCUACCUAUAAGUGAGUGACAGUCCACAGCGAGCAUGGUGGUGGUAGCGUCAUGGGAUGGGGUUGCAUGAGUGCUGCUGACACUGUGGUUCAUAGAGGGACACAUGAAUUCUGAAUUGCUGAGGAAGGUGAAGGUGAUGGAGUGGCCGUGUAGGUCUCCAUUUACACAGGGGCUGUGUGUUGACUUAUUUUCAGGGGACAGUAAAGCUAUACUGCUAAACAGGCUGUAUACUGACUACUCUAAAGUAGUGGUCCACAACCUUUUUGGACCCACGGCCCGGCUCGUGUUCCCACAAAUCUCCGCGGACCGGGGGUUGGUGGGGUAGUGGUGGGGGUUGUAUAGCGAUGUAAUUUAUCUCAUUUAGUAUGUAUUGUGUAAAACAAAGACAGGAACAACAUCAAAUUAAAAGCACAACGUGAAUACAGACCCACCAUCCACCACUAUAAGCUUGGAGUUUGUUUUUCAGAGAGAAGAUUAUAGCGCCACUGCUUGAUGUGUGUGGGAACAGGCAGUGUGCUAGCAUGAAUUAACUUGAAGCUGUGCACAGAACAAAUAUACACAUUAGCACUCAAUAACGUCAUCAAACUUUACCUUUAUGCAUUCCCACAGAGUACCAGCAUUUGGGAGCAAAUAUAAAGUGAAAGAAAAACGAUCAAAAUAGAGUGUAGUUGACAAUCUGUGCAGAGUGGGAGAAGGCUAGCGCACGUACGAUGGUGCGUUCAAGGACUGUCAAACAAAGUGGGACACUCGCAACAAACAACAUAAACGUGCAAAAAUGUCUAACUACAGUAUAUUAUUUUUGGAAUAAAAUAAUGGUCCAUAUUUCCAAAAUUGAUAUUUAUUUACUUAAAAUUGUAUAUAGUUACUUACAAAAGUAUUUUUGUGUGUGUGUGUACUUUUUUUAUGAUUGCACCUGAAAGGUUUCCUCGGCCCAGUUCGGCCCCGCCCACCAACCGGUACUGGGCCUGGUGGUUGGGGACCCCUGCUCUCAAGCAUAGCCAAGUGUCAUAUCUAUAGUAGAUAUCUCUUGAGAAAAUUGCAUUCAGUCUACAUCAAUGUAAAAUCCAAUGUUCUUGGCAGAUGUCUUCAAAAGUAAUGCUGGAUGAGGCAUGUGUUAGACAACAUGGUAGCAAUCUUCAGUUCCAUUACCAAAUCCUUUUAGUCAAUACGUGCAAGACUGCAAGACAGAAUAAAUCUUAUUUUACAAUUUAUUCCAGUGAUAUUUUCAACUUUGUUUUCCAUUUAUUCCAUAAUAUUUUAGGCUUGUUGUGUCAAAUAUAGACCGCCACAGCACCAGAGGACAGGAUGUUGUCGUUCCCAUUCAGAACUGUGUUUUCUACAUGUUUUUUUUUGCUGUUGUGCCACUGGAAUGCUCUGGAGCGAGAAAUUACCGACCUAUACUGCAGCAUCUGGGAAUUCCCCACAUUUGACUUUGAAUUGAAAGGCAAUGUCAUUCCUCAAACUAAAAAGAGGCAGGCACCAAACAUUUAAGGAAAGUGGUUGAAAUGGAGUGGAAGAUUUACAGUAAAACCAGAGUGGAAUUCAAGUAAGACCAAAGUGGAUUCUUAAAAUAGAGAGAGAAAGAGAGAGAGGAAGAAUUAGUAGCGGGUAGUGAUUAAGAGGAUGGAGGUGGGGACUUCUACAGCUUAAUUAGUAGGGGGAAUGGGGGGGGGCACUUACCAAAUGACCCAUCCCCCCUCUUAUUCCCACAUUAAACCAUCCAGAUCUUGGUGAAGAGUUUGUGGAAAAUCUGGCAUGUUAAAUGUGGUUAGGUCCAUGUUGUUCUAGUGGCCGACCUUCCCCAAAAAACCUCCAUCCAUGAAAGCGGAUGCACCAGUAUGAAUAAUGCAGUAGGGAGGGGUGGAGGCCACUGGGCGUGUGCACGGAAAGAUAAAAACACACACACACACACACAGGGUAGUUCCUCCUCCUCCACCCUUUCUCGUUCCAUUCCCCUCCCCUGUUCUCCCAACCCCCUAGCUGACGGCCGCACUGCAGAAGGUCAGCGAGAGGAGAAGAGGAGAGGAAGAGGAGGCUGAGACAGAGGCAGCCAGGGGCGGGGUGCUUGGAUGUACACGAACAUGCCGAGAGAAAAGCCUGCUGACAAGCCAUGACAACCAUGCUGAGUCCCAAGAUCAGGCAGGCCAGAAGAGCCAGGUCCAAAAGCAUGGUGAUGGGCGAGGUGACGCGGGGUUCAUGCCAGCCGGCUUCGCCCAGCCUCCAGGAGGGGGCGCUGAAGGCCGGCUGGUUGAAGAAGCAGCGCAGCAUCAUGAAGAACUGGCAGCUGAGGUGGUUCGUGCUAAGAUCAGAUCAGCUCUAUUUCUACAAAGAUGAAGAAGAAACCAAACCACAGGGCUGUAUACCACUGCAGGGAUGCCAGGUGAAUGAACUUACAGCAAACCCAGAUGAACCAGGAAAACACCUUUUUGAGAUUGUUCCAGGUGGAACAGGAGAGAAGGACCGCGCUCCAAUCAGCCAUGAGUCCUUCCUACUCAUGGCCAACUCCCAGACAGACAUGGACGACUGGGUCAAGGCCAUACGGCGGGUCAUCUGGGCACCGUUCGGUGGAGGAAUAUUUGGCCAGCGAUUAGAGGACACGGUGCAGUAUGAGAAGAAGUUUGGCCCCCGGUUGGCCCCCCUGCUGGUGGAGCAGUGUGUGGACUUCAUCAGGGAUAGAGGCUUGGAUGAGGAGGGUCUUUUCCGAAUGCCGGGGCAGGCCAACCUGGUCAAAGAGCUGCAGGAGGCCUUUGACUGUGGCGACAAGCCUCUUUUUGACAGUAACACCGACGUUCACACCGUGGCUUCCUUGCUGAAGCUGUACCUGCGAGAGCUGCCUGAACCUGUCAUUCCCUUCUGCAAAUAUGAAGACUUCCUAACUUGCGCACAGCUUUUGGCCAAAAAUGAGGAGGAGGGGGUUCAGGAGCUUGGAAAGCAAGUUAACACACUACCUCUGGCGAACUACAAUCUCCUCAAGUACAUAUGCAAAUUCCUUGAUGAAGUCCAAUCUCAUUGUAAUGAAAACAAGAUGAGUGUUCAGAACCUCGCCACAGUGUUUGGACCAAAUAUCCUUCGACCCAAGAUGGAAGAUCCAGUCACCAUCAUGGAAGGUACCUCUUUAGUCCAGCACCUAAUGACGGUUCUCAUCAGGGAACACAACCGUUUGUACUCAGGGAGGGAUCAGGAGGGCCUCAGUGUACCCCAAGUGGAGCAUCCCAUCCAAGGCCAUCAGCUCCACAACCGUAGCCUCGGUGCCUGGAUCUCUGAAGAGGACCUGCAGAGCUGCCCCGUCUCCAACCCGGAACAAGAACUGCACAGCAGCGCCUCAUCACUUGAUGCCAAACUGUGUGCUGCUGUCACGCCCACGCAGACCCCCAACUCUGUUCCAAAACUAGGGUCUUCUUCAGCAAAAGGAGACACAGUGGUGAGCCCGAGUAAACAAGCCAAGAGCUUACCUUCUUGGAAAUACUCUUUCAAAAGCUCCUCAACACCUCGUUCUCAGCCACAGGCUAAGCAGAGCAGCUCUGUGCCGGAUCCAAGCAGUGUCCCCUCUGGGGGAGGAAGCAGUAACUGGCUGAUGAACGGGUUGUCCUCCUUGAGAGGGCACAGACGCACCUCCUCAGGUGAAAGGUCUACCCGCGAUCGGGAUUCAACAGGCUCCUCACAAAGACUUUCCACCUAUGACAAUGUCACCUCAUCCUCCAGUAUGAGCAGCGUUCAGAGUGUCGCCAGCACACCCUGGUCUACCUCCUCCUGCGAGAUCUCAGUGCCGGACUCUGGUGGCAGCGAACAGAACUGUGGAGUAGCGGGUGAAGGUGGAGAUAAAGGGGAGUGGACAGAAGCUCAGAGAGAGGCUGAGCGAGGACGGGACGGGGGAGUGACCACGGAUCCCAGCUCUGAGCAGGACAGCUGUGAGGCCAUGGAGCUGUGCAGCAGCAGCGCGCCCUGCAGUGAGAACGGCAACGUGAGCAUGGUCGUCGGAGUUCCUUCCAUCAUCAUGUCAGAAGACGGAGACGGGACAACCGUCUCACUAGGGAUUCUGGUAGAGGGCCUGAAGGACGAGCUGAGGAAACAGAAGGCUGCCUAUGAGGCCAGGAUCCAAAAGUUGGAGGAGUCGAGUGCUGCGCUGUGUGCGCACAUGGAGCGUCUAGAACAAGAGAUGGAGCAGGAGAAGAAGAGGCAGCGCAUGCUGGAGAUCAAACUACGGAACUCGGAGCGAGCGCGUGAGGACGCCGAGAACCGCAACAAGCUCAUGGAGAAGGAGAUGGAGGACUUCUUUGACACUCUCGGAGAUCUAACCACUACUACGAGGACGAGUGACAUUUGACGGGACAGGCUGACAACCGGGGUUUGUUUUAAAGGGCUCCCACCUUCCUCAGAGUUCCUUUGGAACAAGAGAACAAGUCCACCAUGUUUCUGUCGCCACGGAAGUAAAAGGUGAGCUUACCUUCUAGUGCAGUGUACUGUUUGCCAUAAUUACAAACGCUGCUUUUUACUGCUGACUGAAGACACCAUAAAUGCGACCAAACUGGAACAAGUCAAACGAUUUAUUACUGCAAUAUCUGUCUCGGUUGAACUACUUUUUGGAUACGGUGAUGUCUGUAUGCUAAAUAGAAACACAAACAAUUGUAAGCAACUCACACACAGCCUUUGUAUGACAAUGUUACCAAUAAGGUGCAUGCACAUGUUACAUUACAUUACAUCAAAUAACAAACAUGUCUUAUUUCAUUUGUGAAUUUAGCAGAUUAAGAGUGGAGGUAGGAAAAAAGCUGCUGCAUGGCUUGCUCCAAGUUAAUGCUUUACCUGCACAUGUCUCUCUGUUGUCUACCUAGUAGAACUCUCUGCUGUGUCCUCAGGCUCUUCCAGUGCUUCUCGAGUCACAUGACUUCCACGUCAAAGCCGUGCACUCCCUCAGUGUCUCUGCUACCUGGCAGCCGUGUUGACUUGUGGCACAUGAAGCUUAACACUGCCCUUAAUAAGAAACGUCAUCUCUUCCUGGUUGUGCCUUCAGGGAAGUACUUUUGAAUAUAAUGAAUGAACAAAGUAGUGUUGCAAAGUUAAAAAAAACAACAAAAAAAAACGCCUAUCAAACCUCCCGAAGAACACAUUGUUUGGUGUAUGUGGACAAAAGUGCUGAUGACCAAGAACUUAGAAGGUGCCAAUUACUGUGUAUAGUGCUUUUGAAAGAAAGUGUCCAAUGAAGAAUGUAUCCUUGUAGUGAAUGUAUUCAAUGUGUUCAAUGACGCCAGCCUUGAGUCAAUGUUACUGGUCGGCCACUGUGUCCAAAUGAACACUGAAAGAACUGUCCUCUGACAAAAAGGCUUGCACAUACAUAUUUGUUCUUAGAGCACUGCAUGCUGUUAAAAAUGACAAAAGGGCCCGACAAAUGAAAAUGUGCUUUAGUAAGAAUCACUUUGAAAUAUACAUUUUAGAAAUACUUUUUGCUUUUGACUACAAGCAACCACACUAAAAAGUUAUCACAGCAGUCCAAUAGAAUUUAUUUUCCGUGUGUGUACGUGUGCGUCACAGCUCACAAUGGUGCUUUUUCUUUUUAUUUAUUUGGAUAUACAUUAUUGUAAUGAAUUGGACAUGUAUGGGAAUAAAGAUGACAAUGUGCACUUGUGCUAAGUGUCUAUGAAACAAAGUACCACCUGGAUGCCAAGGUUCUUAUUUACACUGUCAGGGGUAUCCAAAGUCCGGCCCAGGGGCCAUUUGUGGCUCAUGGCCUGGCCUGGGGCACUACAAAUAUAAUUUCACAACUAAAAAAAAAAAAAGUGCAGUAAUUUUACAAGAAUAAAGUCUAAUAAUAAUGUUAUUUUAGUAGCAUUAAACUGAAAUAUUAAAGACCAAGCAAAACAUAAAAAAGUCAUGAUAUUAUGAGAAAUCCAAAAACCUUUUGGAACACACUACUGAAGAAAACCGAGGUUCCACUGGAUUGAUUUUUAGCAAUGUAAUGAGAAAAAAUGCACAAAUCGGAAAAUGUGGGUGAAAGAAAAAGACAAACUCUAAUCCAAAGUGUAUUCUUUUAUUCGUAGUACACAUUGAUUGAUUUUGUUCUCAUGUAUUUUACUAUAAGAGGAGGCAUCAUGUUUUCUAGUAGUGCACAAACCAGCACCAUACAAUAUGAUAUGACUUGUUGUGGCUAUGUAUCAUUAUUAUUAUUAUUAUUAUUAUUAUUAUUAACAUUAUUGGUCUUACCACAGCCUAGAAAUCUGUCAGCCAAAGUCACACGUUUGCGGACCGAUUCUACAGAAAUAUAGGACAAGAAACAUAAAAGGUGAUUUUAUUCACUAAUGAAUGAAAAAGAAAAAUAAAAGGGAUUGACAGUACCAACACUUUGAUUACCUUCAGGAGACGCUAACAGAGCACACUUUGCUGAAGGUAUUGCACAUUUCAAGUUGGAAAACAACAACAAAAUAAAACAUUGACGGAUUCUCCUCUCACUUCUAGGUGAACUUUACAUUAUGUACAAAACUAGCCAGUUGAAAAGCCACAAAUAGUACAUGUUUUUUUUUUUUUGUUCAAAUAAAUAAAUAACGGCAUCUGAUAUUCACAUGUCUCGUCAUGACAGCUAACCAAUCAUGUGGCAGAAAUUCAAGUGAGGUAGUUCAUCAAAGCUGACUGGAAAUCACAAUGACAUCAUUCUUCCAUAAUUACAAAGCAAUGAUGUUUCCAUUUAAAAGCUGCAAAAUUAAAAGCGCUUAAAAAACCCAAAGGCUUGGAUUGUAAGUAAAUAGAAUGGAAUUGCUGCCUUGCAACAAUUUGUAAGUCCAAGCGUGAGGGCCAGAGACAGCUGAGGAAAUGUGCCGUUAAUACAGCAUUGAUUACUAAUUGGAAAUGUGAACAAUACUACCUUAUAUUGGGUUGCACCACGCACGCUUAAACAUACAAUAACUAGCAGGAUCACGCUAACAACACCCUGCAACUAUAUUACGUAACCUUUUGCGUAGUUAUGUCUGUUUUUUUUUUUAUCCCAACAACAAAUCAUUAUCCCAACAAACCAUUAUUAUUUUGUUCUCAAAGUUCUGUUUUUUUGUGUGAAUAAAAAAAAAAUAAAGUGGUUGUUUUGAAAACAUUUUCUUUUAAAAAAUGAAUUUGUUGCCCAAUAAAAUAAUAAAAAAAAAACACUACAAUCAGACACUUAUUUUUAUUACUGUUUUAUCUGGCAACAAAAUGAUUUAAAAAAUAAAUAAAUAACCAAAAAACAAUUUAAAAAAAAUAAACACUAAAAACAUGCUUUUCUUUAUUAUUACUGGACUGAGGCAAUUUUAGAAAUGACGUUGAAUUGUAGCUUUUUUUCCUGUUUUGACGCGAGGGCCUCGGCCCCCAAUAAUCACAUGACUUCUCAAUGUAAAAACAUUCAAGCGUAAUAAAGUUGCUGAUGCAACCCAAUCUAAAGUGAGGCUGUUCUUCAUGAGACAUCAAUCACAGGCGGCAGCUACAAUGUCGGCUACGAAAGGAGCAUGUUUGCUGCAAGAUUUAAAUGAAUAAGAAUAAGAACAAACAUUUUAAAAAAAGCACAUUAUGCACCAUUACUGCAGCAGGCAGACAAACAAACGCUAUCGUGGCUAAUAUGAAAAAAGGUCAUUAACUCCAUGUUGCAGUGCCGUUUGGCUUGUCACAACCUGCUUUAUUUGUAUCCGACUACACAAACAUGCUGUCAGCCUUCUCCCUCAUGCAUUCAUGAUCAUGGAGUGUAGUAUUAGCACAAGAAACCUGCACAGUAUGUCCUAUAAUGUUGAUUUAGUCAAGCUUAGAAAAGGAUGUUGAUAAGGUAGGGUAACUUUGAUGAAAGACCUUGAUGAAACUGCCUUGUCUCAUACACUGAUGGUGUCCCUCAAGGGCCAAACUUAAGUAGAAAAGGAGUCGGCAUCAUGCCACAGUCGCAGUUGUCUAAAUCCAUCCAUUAAAAACAACAUAAAUGACUUGUUACAGUACAACAGGCACUUUUUCUCUUGGAUACAAAAACUCAAAAGGACAUUAUUGCAUAUAAUUGUUUUUUUUAUCUUCUUUUGUGCUGCUGUUUAGUUUACAUGCGGCUUCUUUUCAACUGCAGGCAACAAAACGAAAAGGCUGUGGUCCAGUUUUUUUUUUUUGUUUUUUUUUUUUUUUUAAGAGGACACCAUGAACACACAGUGUUAAGUUACUAAUAAUAGGACGUUU